AUGUCAGACGACAGACCGAGACGAAUAAAACAUAGCGGAUCUCUCCAGGACAACGCGAGUGCUUUAUUGUUGAACAUGAUUCGAACAUUGACAAGUAAUUCCUCAGCAGAACAGAAGGAAUUGGAUCGUAGGCGUUUGGAAGCUGGAUUUACUGAAACUUCAAAAGAAAUAGAUCACCUGGUUCUUGAACAUGAGAACGAUGUGGGAACUUGUUUGGAGUCAUUCAGAAAUGUUUCCACUCGAAUUACCGCUUGCCGUGAAAAAGUACACAGUAUACGUAGUAGUUUGCUGACAUGUCGUUCUCUGCUGCAAUGUAGACGGGAUGACUUAAAAAGACUUUGGAUGGAAAAUGCUCAGCAAAAACAUGUCAGCACAAUUCUGGCUCAAAUAGAAGGACUGAAUCGUUUAGGAAGUGAAGUUGAAGCUGCUAUGGCCACUUCAAAUUAUCAUUUAGCUGCGAAUUCCUUAAACGAAGCAGAUCUUUUGUUCAAUGGUCCAUUUUCAAACAUCGAUGGAUUGAAUCAGUUGCGCUCACAGUUGCUUGAUCUAUCCAAAAAACUUAUAGAACGGAUUGUUAAUGACAUUACAAAUCAUUUAAUCAUUUGGCCGUUCGAAAACCAUCUUGUUGAAAUAAUCAAGUCGCUGCCGGAAAAUAAAGUUGCGGAAUCGGCGGAUUGCGUUGAAAUUAUGUCUCAACUUAAUGUAAAGGAAAAUUUUACCGUGAAUAGCACAUAUUCCAUAGCUGCUCGUUGUGCUGAGGACAUUCAUGCAUUAUGUGUGUUCGGCAGACUAUCAACAACACUUCGACGCUUUUUGCAUGGUUCUCCGGCAGUAUUUAACCGUCUGAUACAUACGUCGGAAAAUGUAGUAUGUGUUGCGUUUGAUGGUAAUCAAAAAGGAGAUGAACAAAAUUUGGCUCGGUUUAUGCAACUGAUGUACCUUCCUCCACAUGAAGUAAUUUUCGCUGUACCAUCAUGCAGGCUGUUUGUACAGGUGCUAAAUCAGUUUCGUAGUAGCUAUGAAGCACAUAUUGUAAUGGAUGCUGAACUUAAAAAACUUCGGCAAAACGACCAAACUGAUUUGGGCGAGGACGAAGAAAUGAUAUCCUUGUCCGAAAAUUUUUGGGAAACAACUCAGGCUAUAAUCGAAGAUCUAGUAGACAAGUAUAUCGCAGAUAAUGGCAAUACGUCUAGUUUAGUUAUGCAGAAAUCGAAUACAUCAACUGCAGAAAAACUUAUCUUGUUCAGAUUUGACGCUUCUGCUUGCGCACUUACUGCUCAGUCUAGACAAACUUUUAAGCAGUCUCUGAUAUGCCCUUCAUCACCAUGGAACAUUAUCGCUCUUUAUCCACAACUUGAACGUUUCUGCAAUGAACGCGAAGCUGAAAUGAACGGUAAACCCUGUCGUUUGCGUUCUUACUUAGACUCAUUCAUUGUUAAUGUCUUCAUCGACCAAUUCAAGUGCAAGCUUGAAGCUCUUACCGAGCAGGCACUCAAUGAACAGGAUGCCUGGCGUGUUCUUAUGCAUUAUCCUAAUCCGAGAAUUUUGGGAAGUUGUUGGAAUGUUUAUUCAAUCUGUGACCAAAUCGGAAAAUUGAUCCUUGCCAUGGAUAAAUAUACAGAAAGAUUAUCAGUAUUGUGGUUAUUUGUUAUUGAUGAGUUUUCGAAUAGCGCUAAUAAUAUAUAUGAAAAAGUUGUAACUUCUUGGAAACCUACUUCAGAGGGAAAGGAUUCGGUGGUUUCCAAUAUGAGCUAUGAAGAUGGAUUCAAAGAAAAGCGUAAAAUAAGCGCAACAUGGGCAGUGGACGAAGACAUAUCACGUCUUUUAAAGAGUUUACCAAACUGGUUCAUGGUGAGCUGUUGUGAAGGUGCUUCAACUUCCUCGGUGAAUACGCCUUCCGCAUUUUCACCUUCAGGUGAAUCGGAAAGUGAUGUAUGUUACCGAAAUGAAAAAGAAUCUGAAAUUCUUAUAGGUAAUCUGGGAACAGCAAAACAACUUGUUCGUGAUGAACUGAUAACGGAUAUUGAAGUAAUUCGUUCUCUGGCAUGUAUACAUGAAUCAUUGAAAUGGUUUUGUAGAAGCAUGCGUUCUCUUAUCGAAAAGCUUCAGGAAUCGUCUCGUAAGGCAAUGCGUAAAUGCGUUGUACAAUUACAAAGAGUAGAUGAAAAUGGCAUUGUUCACCAGUCGGAAGAACAUAUUGCUGCUGCACUAGAUUCCAGAUUAACCGAUUUAGAUGCAAAAGCUGAUACUUGUUUAUUAAUAAUUCACCUUGAACUUCGUGUACAUUGUUUUUUCCAUUUGUUACCACUGGCUCGAGUAAGGCCAUCAUUGCCUCAUGAUGAGCUCGAUAAUGAGGUAAUUGAUUUUGGGCGCGACAUGGGCCAUUUUCAUCAAGUACUAAGCACGAAUCUUCCGCCACAUAAAAUGAAAUAUCUCUUUGACGGCUUAGGACAUCUUUCAGCUUCUAUUUUCAUUCAUUCCAGUCAACAUAUGCAAAAAUUGAACGAGAAUGGAAAGAAACGUGUCUGUCGAAAUAUUUUUGCAGUACAGCAGAGGUUAAGUCAGUUGACAGGACAUCGUGAAAGCGAGCUAGAAAGAGCGAGAAUUUUUUUCGAAUUGCUCAACCACGAUCCUGAUCAAUUGUUGGCUUUAAUUCUUGAACGGGGAGCAAUAUUUUCACAUCUGGAAUACACCUAUCUUCUUGCACUUGCUCUAAGGUCACAUCCGAUACUAAGCGCACAACCUGGUGCUUUGGAACAAAGAAUCUCCCAGCUGAAGACGAUUUUAGCACAACUGAAAAAGUGA